AUGACCGUAUGCAAAUGGGGUCCCUUCGCAUUAGCCGCCGUUAUUACUUCUUCUGUGGAUACCGGUCUAGUGUUCCAUUGUUUGCUCCAUGUUAGGACACCAGGGACAGUCUCGAGGUAUAUCCGGGAUAAAGUUGCAGAGUCUUGGACACAGUGGGAGGGCAUUGUGCAACAUUCUCCAAAGAAUGUCUUUUUUAUAAUUAGGAAUCCACUUAACCUGCUGCCAGGACCAAUUCUCCUUUUUGUCUCUCUCACUGAAAAG